GCUUGCCGUCAGGCAAGCGUAUCGGGGCACGGGGAAGGGGCCGCAGGGGCAGUCGGUGGGUCGGUCGACGCGCGAUCGAGUGAGUGAGCGAGCGAGCGAGCGACGAACGAGCGGAUGGACGAGCGAGUGUGGUGUUCUCUCGCGUGAGAUCGAUGUUGUGAUACAGUGUGUUCGCGUCCGUUAAUCGCGCGUCGCGCGUUCGCAACGCGUUGAGCAACGUUGCAGUGAGCAGCAGCGCGGAGGGACAGGCGGUCCGCCACAGCAGGAGUAUGCUUGCCACGGGCGUUUGUAGUGACUCCUCUGCGCGGUCAUCCCGGGACGGACAGUGGUAACGUCGUCGUCGUUCACAGGCUGCGUGGUGUCCCGCACUUGACGCGCGCGCGAGGUCCUUGCUCACACGAAGAGAGGCAAAGCGAGAAUCGUGGCGGCGGAAGUUCUCGUACGUCCCAAGACAUGGCCUGCGACAACCGCGCCGAGAGCGACUUUGAGUUCUUGGUGCCGCCAGAGGCGCCGGUAUUCGAGCCCACCAACGAGGAGUUCCAGGACCCGCUCGCCUACAUCGCGAAGAUACGUCCGAUCGCGGAGAAGUCCGGCAUCUGCAAGAUCAAACCGCCGCCUAAUUGGCAGCCGCCGUUCGCCGUGGACGUGGACAAGUUCAAGUUCGUCCCGAGGAUACAGAGGCUAAACGAGUUGGAAGCCAAGACCAGGAUAAAGUUGAACUUUCUGGAUCAGAUCGCAAAGUUCUGGGAGCUGCAGGGUUCUUCCCUGAAGAUCCCUCUGGUGGAGCGCAAAGCGUUGGACUUGUACUCCUUACACAAGAUCGUCACUGACGAGGGUGGGGUGGACACGGUGACGAAGGAGAGGAGGUGGGCGAAGAUAGCCAACAAAUUGGGCUACCCAUCCGGACGAAGCGUUGGUAGCAUAUUGAAGAAUCACUACGAGAGAAUUUUAUAUCCUUUUGACGUUUUCAAGCUGGGAAAGACACUGUCAGAUAUCAAAAUAGAACCAGAAACAGACGCGAACGAGAAGAGGGAUCGUGAUUACAAGCCGCACGGCAUAAUAUCUCGGCAGCAAAUCAAACCACCGAACGAAAAGUUCUCGCGACGAUCCAAGCGGUUUACCGGCCAAGAGGAGAAGCAAGAUGUAUCGAUCAAGCAGGAAGACUGCAAGGAAGAAUGCGACUCUGAUACCGAAUGCAAGGAUGUCGUUAAGAGCAGGUACUACAGCCCCGAAGGGCCGGACAAAAUAGACAAGAGCAAGGAACUUAAGAAAUUGCAAUUUUACGGACCGGGCCCGAAGAUGGCUGGCUUUAAUACCAAAGAGGCGAAGAAAGCCAACAAGACACGCGGCUUGAAGUUCGUUUACGAGUUCGAUCCUCUGGCGAAAUAUAUCUGUCACAACUGUGGGAGGGGUGAUAACGAAGAGAACAUGCUGUUGUGCGACGGUUGCGACGACAGCUACCAUACUUUCUGCCUUAUGCCGCCGUUGACCGAGAUACCGAAGGGUGACUGGCGGUGUCCAAAGUGCGUCGCCGAGGAGGUCUCCAAGCCGAUGGAGGCGUUCGGCUUCGAGCAAGCGCAGAGGGAAUACACGCUGCAACAAUUCGGAGAGAUGGCUGAUCAGUUCAAGAGCGACUAUUUCAAUAUGCCCGUGCACAUGGUUCCGACGUCGCUGGUGGAGAAGGAAUUUUGGCGGAUAGUCUCGUCCAUCGACGAGGACGUGACGGUGGAAUACGGCGCCGACUUACAUACCAUGGACCACGGCUCCGGCUUCCCGACCAAGACGAGCGUGAAUCUGUUCACGUGCGACCAGGAGUACGCCGAGUCCUCGUGGAAUCUGAACAACCUGCCGGUGCUGCGCGGCAGCGUAUUGGGUCACAUCAACGCCGACAUCAGCGGCAUGAAGGUGCCGUGGAUGUACGUCGGCAUGUGCUUCGCCACGUUCUGCUGGCACAACGAGGACCACUGGAGCUACUCCAUCAACUACCUGCAUUGGGGCGAACCAAAGACGUGGUACGGCGUGCCGGGGUCACAGGCCGAACGUUUCGAACACUCGAUGAAGUCCGCGGCGCCUGAAUUGUUUCACAGUCAGCCGGAUUUGUUGCAUCAACUUGUCACCAUCAUGAAUCCGAACAUAUUGACUAACGAAGGUGUACCAGUAUUCAGAACUGAUCAGCAUGCGGGUGAAUUUGUGGUGACAUUUCCGAGAGCCUAUCACGCCGGGUUCAAUCAAGGCUACAACUUUGCAGAAGCCGUGAAUUUUGCACCUGCCGAUUGGCUCAAGAUCGGACGAGACUGCAUCACGCAUUAUUCGAAUUUGAGGAGAUUCUGCGUGUUCUCUCACGACGAGUUGGUCUGUAAAAUGUCUUUGGAUCCAGAUUCGUUGGACAUCGGAGUAGCGACUGCGACAUAUCACGACAUGCUGCAAAUGGUAGAUGACGAGAAAAAGUUGCGAAAGAAUUUACUGGAGUGGGGUGUGACAGAGGCGGAGCGUGAGGCGUUCGAGUUGCUGCCGGACGAUGAGAGGCAGUGCGAAGCCUGUAAGACUACCUGCUUCCUAAGUGCCGUUACGUGCUCGUGCCACAGCUCGCAGCUGGUUUGUUUGAGACACUCCGCCGAGCUGUGCAGCUGCCCGCCGGAGAAGCAUACGUUGCGUUAUCGGUACACGUUGGACGAGCUGCCGAUCAUGUUGCAGAAGUUGAAACUCAAGGCCGAGUCGUUUGACUCGUGGGUGACUAAGGUGAAGGAAGCGAUGGACCCCCGGAAUGACAAGAUCGUGCUGGCUGAACUGAAGGAGCUGUUGAAUGAGGCCGAGAACAAGAAGUUUCCCGAGAGCGAGUUGCUCACCGCUCUUACCACAGCGGUGCAAGAUGCUGAAAAGUGCUCGAGCGUCGCGCAACAGCUCCUGAACAACAAGCAACGUACAAGAACCAGGCAGUCAGUCGAUACCAAGUAUAAACUCACUGUGGAGGAACUGACGCUGUUUUACAAGGAGAUUACUAACUUGUGCUGCGAACUCAAGGAAUCGGAUGGCGUCAAGUACAUACUCGAUCAGGUGUCGCAGUUUCAAAAGGAUGCGGAGGAGUUGGAGUCCAAGGGAGACGACUGUGACAUUGACAAGUUGGAGAAGUGUAUCGAGUUUGGUGAUUCUAUCUGCAUCGAACUGCCUCAGCUUCAACGGUUGAAGCAAAAAUUGAUGCAGGUGCAGUGGCUGGAGGAGGUAAAGUCCGUCCAAGACGAUCCACGGAACGUCAGCCGCGAGGACGUGAUAAAGCUCAUUGAGAAAGGCAUGGCGAUACCGCCGCAUUUCAGUGUAGAGAACACGCUCUCGGUGCUGCACUCGCUUACGAAGGCAAUCGACAAGUGGGAGGACAAGGUCAAGGUGUUCCUGCAGACGAAGAACAGACGCACCAUCUCGGCGGUGGAGGAGUUUGUUCGCGAAGCGGACGAGGUCGAGGCAUACUUGCCGAGCUUGGACACGCUGCAGGACAUGCUGAACAAGGCGAAGAACUGGACGAAGCUGGUGAACGAGAUACAAGCGAGAGAGAACUUCCCAUAUUACGACACAUUGGACGAUCUGAUCAAGAAGGGCAGAAACAUCCCGUUACACUUGGACUCCUUGCCGAUGCUGGAGUCCACUUUGUCGCAGGCGAAAACAUGGAAGGAGAGGACCGCGAGGACAUUUCUGAGGAAGAACUCGCACUGCACGCUGAUGGAGGUACUGUCGCCUCGCAUCGGUGUCGGUGUGCAGGCGAUGAAGUCCAAGAAGAACAACAAAGGCGACGAGUCCGUGGGUGCCGUUUACGUUUGCGACACGAAGCUCGACGACUCCAGCAACUCCGCGAACGUGGUGGCCGCCUUCAAAUUGGCGGAGCAGCGCGAGAUGGAGGCGAUGAGGCAACUGCGGGAGAAGAACCUCCUCAAGGUCGAAGUCGAGGAUUCCAAGUACUGCUUCUGCCGGCGACCGAGAUUCGGCAUUAUGCUCCAGUGUGAGCUCUGCAAGGAUUGGUUCCACUCCACCUGCGUGCCUUUGCCCAAAACUUCCUACAAAGGUAAGUCGUCACCGUCGAGGGACAUGCGGUUCUUGUGCCCGUGCUGCUUACGUUCCCGACGACCUCGGUUGGAAACGAUACUGGCCCUUCUAGUGAGCCUGCAGAAGAUCUCGAUCCGUUUGCCGGAGGGCGAAGCGUUGCAGUGUCUGACGGAACGCGCAAUGAACUGGCAGGACCGUGCGAGGCAAGCAUUGGCUACCGAGGAGAUCUCCUCUGUAGUGGCGAAACUGUCGGUGAUGUCGCAAAAGCUGGUGGAAGCUGCGGCGCGGGAGAAGACGGAGAAGAUCAUCAGCAGCGAGCUGAAGAAGGCUGCGAACAAUCCCGAGCUGCACAAAAGAGUGCAAGCUAUCGCGCCGCUCAGCGGUGUGCAUUCAGACGACAGCGCGUUCAGUAAUACCGAGGACGACGACGAUGUCAUUCCCAUUGAAGACGAACCGACGUGUAGUACCUUCAACAGUAACGAGCAUGCUUAUUCGUACAUCUCGAAAAUUCGACGGAAAACUCAAUCGGGAGAAGGCGGCGAUCCGGCGUUCGGCGUACUGUCUGCGAGCGCGAGGUCGCGCUUGGAGGAAUUGAUGAUGGAAGGCGAUCUCUUGGAGGUGGCACUCGACGAGACGCAGCACAUCUGGCGCAUCCUGAGGCACACGUACAGCCACAACAACAUGUGUAGGUAUCCGUCGUUCGAGGAGGUGCACGCGAAUCGCAGCCAAGACAAGGAUGUGAAGAAACGAGGCAGGAAGAGAAAAUCGGAGGAGUCGGACCCGAGGACGAAGAUCGGCCGACAGAAGGUCGAGCGGCAGAAAGUCGACGAGAAGAUCGCGAACAAGCGCAAGUCCGGAGGCCUCGCCACCAAAGAGAAGAAGCAGAGCAGCUCGCCCGUCCCCAUAAAACGAGACUCCGCUGUGGGGCUGAAACGUGGACCCCGAAAGAUGAAGCGCAAAGAGGCCGAGGACGGGCCUAAGAAACGAGGCGGCAACCGCAAGAAGACCAAGCAAGACACGUCGGACGAAGAGGACGAUUGCGCGGCGGUUAACUGUCUACGACCUGGUGGUAAAGAAGUUGAUUGGGUUCAGUGUGACGGUGGCUGCGAGGGUUGGUUCCAUAUGCAUUGUGUCGGAUUGGAUCGCACAGAAAUCGCGGAGGAAGACGAUUAUAUAUGUAGCAACUGUAAACAGGCCGAUCAAAAUGCAUCGUCAAAAGCGCCAGAUCUUCUGGCGGAAUCAUUAGGCCUGGUUGCACUUCUUUCCCUUUCUCGGCCCCAGGAACACCACGGCACCACCGACACGGAAGCGGGCGUCUAGGAAACGGCAUUCCCCGUCUGGACCUACUAAGCCCACUUUGUGUCCGUCGAGCUUUGCACGGAGGCUCGGGACGUUUACGAUCGUGACUCUCAAUCUCCAACUGAAGCGUUAGCGUUUAGUUAUCUCUCCCAACGUUGUCCUGUAACGUGUCCGGCGUUGCGGAUCGUCGAUCGUCGUUCAACUGGCGUUCUGUGUGUUUCUUUUCUCCUUUUUCUUUUUUUUUCUCUCUUUCGAGCGGAAUUGCGGAAUUUGCGAUUAAGAGCCGAAUUGUAUUGUAACAACGCGAUUGGUCUUUCGCUUUUGUGUGUUUUUAGAUUGUCAAUAGUACCCGCUAGUCAAUUACCGAUCUGUAUUUAUACACCGACGGUGCGGGAAGUGCACUUGCAUUCAGAUAACACAGAGACAACGGGAACUCGAGCCAUGCGCGGCACCGAGGUACCACGCGUCUCGGGAGAUCACGUUUCCGACUUUCAUUUUGAACACGAAGGCCAACGCUCUAGGGGAUGUUUCGUUCGAACCGCUCGACUGCGAAGACACAUUACCCACGAGUUUUAUUUGAUUUAAUUUUCUCAUUGUUUCGACGUGGAAAAGGGUCGCCGAUUUCGCGUCCGUGUCGCAUCCAGACGGCGCACGAGUCACGGAUGAACCGUGAUCACACAGACACACGUAUAUGCCCAUCGCGAUCUUGUAGAGCCGAUUAUGUCAGGAGUUAUUCUCCUCUUCGCCGUCAUUCAUCCGUCAUAAUGUCGCGCCUCUCGCUCGAAACACCGAACGACCGAAUGUCAUUCUCUCUAGUUGUCACAACGAGAUCGACGAUCGUCGAACAAACGAACCGACGGCGCAAACCGUGCGCGCACGCGUCUGUAGUGAUUUUACGACCUCGUCCUACCGACAACGCGCGAGACGGACGUAACGGAGCGUGAAAUCUGAUAUUGUAAAGUUAACGCGAGCCGACGUAAACCGACGGGGACGAGUUAAGUGAUACACGCCGCAGAGGCGAUAGACUUGUAUAAAUAGAUCGAGCGUUUCCACGAGAGGUCAUGAAGACCUGCUUGGAAGACCUGCUUCACGCUAUGUAUAUCUCGACUUCUAAUGGUGAAGUCUACAGCGGAGGUAAGAGAAGAAUCUGUUCUUACGUCUGUGUGACAAGGAUAGUAUGCCUAUCGGCUACGAAGGGAGGAGUGAUGGAGAGCUCUUGUGCUUUUUAUUUGAGACUUUUGUUUGAGGACGCAGUCUACGUGUACAAGUCUAUUCGCAGGGACGCUACAAACAAUGGCUUCUCACGUGUCGUGGUAUUAAGUCGUCGAAAACAUUGUUAUACAGAAAGAGUCUCUUUUGUAUCGGCUUCUAUUGAAUGUUACGCGCGCAGGAAA